CAAUGGUUUCUUGUUAUUUUAAAUCAGUUUUCCAAGAUGAGUUUACUGGAAUGGAAAAGUGUUGAACUUUUCGAUUUUGUUACUUUACCAUCUAUCCAAUUAAAUGAGAACAAUACUGAAAUUACAUCGCACUGCUGUAAUAUAGUUAAAGCUGCAAAUGGAAGAACAAGCACCACGUUUGUAUUUUGUGCGAAAAGUGGAAAUGUUUAUGUUGUAAUAAAAAAUGGUGUAAAGUCAAGGCAAAUAAUCUUUAAAUGCCAUGACAGCCAUAAACCGAUUAAAUUAUGCUCCAUAACAACCACCAAUUUACUUGCCAUAGUUUCACAAAAAGAUAAAUACGCUUUAUGCAUUUGUAUUUAUGACCUAAACCAGAUAAAAAAGGAGGAACACCCACCUUGCAUCUCAACUGCAAAUAUGCAAGUAUCAAGUACUGCAACAUCCUUACAUAUAGCCGUCAUUGGGCCCGAUAAAUUACUUGCAUUGGGUGUUGGCUUUGAAAAAGGUGAUAUUCUGUUACAUUUUGGUACCAAUCGUGAGCUGGCCUUAAGCAUCCGCCGGCAUACCGUUGCUCUAAGCCCAAUAAAUGGAAUACAAUUUACAACUUGUGAUCAGCAAAAUGAAAUGAGAGCUUUCAAUGUGUUCGUUAUAAGUGUCGAUGCAAUAUAUUGCUUAGUAUUAAAUGAUAAGAAUACAAUCGAUUCCAAAAUGGUUCUUGAUAACAAUAAAAAUAUUUCUAACCAGUGUUGCACAUUAUCCCAACCAGUAGUUUCAGAUUCCUUUCUUGUUGUUGGCCGUAAUGAUGCUAUCUACUGUUUUAGAAGCGAUUGCAGAGGACCAUGCUAUGCUAUUGAAGGACAAAAACAAUUUCUUUCAUGGAUUGACAAUUAUCUUCUUGUAGUAGUUAAAACUAAUUUUGGAUCUGCCAUUACAGUAGUUGAUAUUGAUAACAAGUUAAUUGUUUUACAUAAACGAAUAUCAACUGUGAUGGACAUAAUCAGUUUCAACAAACUAUACUAUUUUAUAACCAAAGACGAAAAUUCUAAAAAUGUAUGUGCAUUUAAUGUUUAUGCUUUAAAUGAGUAUCAGAUAAAUAUCAAAGUAAGAACGCUUAUUGAAAAGUGUAUGCAUGAUAGCGCCCUCAUGAUGUUAGAAAGGGAAGAAAACCCGCAUCAAUAUGAUGAUGUGGCAUAUGUACGUUUGAAAUACGGUAAUAAUUUAUUAGCAAAAGGUUUUUAUGCUAGAGCAGUUAGUGAAUAUGCUCAAACCAUUGGCAUUUUGAAGCCGUAUCACAUUAUUUCAAAACUAUUAAGUUCGAGACACAAUGAUAAUUUAAUACAAUAUGUAAAUAACUUAUUAAAAAGUAAAAUCAUUACAAAUGAGCAUCACAAAUUACUUCAAAGAUGCCUUGAUCGUACAAGCCUACGUUCUAGGAUUGAACAGCUAUGGAUUUCGAGAAAUGAUACUACCCGCAUUUCUGAUUUUAAACAGAUAUCAGUUAGAAGUAGCAACAUGUCACACUUGAUGGAUACAUGGAAUAAUUUUCAAGAAACUGAUUUUAACAACAACGACGAAAGUGAUAUUUUUAAUUUUUACCUUGAGUAUGGGAAGGAACUUUUAUUGGCUGAUACCACGAUUGUUUUAAACACUAUGAAAUCAUUGGUAAAGAGCAAGAAAAUUAAGGAUAUACUUCGCUUUUUAAUUAUAUUUCCAAAUUAUUUAGAAUUUAACGCAAAUUUACUAUCGUACUAUGUAGAAAACUGUUCAUUCUGCGAUGAAAAGUUACUCUAUUAUUUGCUCACCCUUUAUUUGGGACUAUGGCGAGAAAAGAAAAUAUUAUCCAAGGACAUAACUGAUUUAGUAAAGAAAAUGCCAAUUAGAUUUGAGAAGAUUUUAACACUAUCGAAGACUUAUUUAUUUAACAUUGACAUUGAAAAUUUGGGAACUAAUGAAGAACCUCAAUUUAUUUCUGAGGAACAUAAAAACUUUCUUCAAUGCUUGAAUCAACACAUAAAGAAGAAUCCAAAUCUUACUUCAUUGUUGACAAUCAGUCACCAAUCAUUGCUUACAAUAUUGCAAAAAUUGUGUGGUGGUUCCGAAAUAAAAUUAAGAGAUACUAAACCGUUUUUGACUGAAAAAUUCAUUAAAAAUACUAUUGAUGCCAAAUCCGAACUUAAGUCCAUUGCAGAUCUUAACUGUGAAAUAGCAAUCCAUAGUUCACUGGAAUCCCACUAUAAACAAAAUCCAAUAGAAUUCCGCAACAGGUAUUGUGAUGUAUGCCGUCAAUCAUUGCAUAUGCCGGCAAUUUAUUAUCUUUGUCAGCAUUCAUUCCACAAAGAUUGUCUGCGCUUUAAUUAUAAUAUAAAAGAAGGUGAUGACGUCGGCUGCGUGUUGUGCGCCACAAAUUUAAAAUACUUUGAAUCAGAUGAUGAAAAUAUUUAUUUAAGUUGUAAAUCUUAUGAUAUAAUAAAGGGAAUUUCAAAUGUUUUCGCUUCUGGUAUAGAUAACUUAUUAAUAUCAGAAGAUUGUGAUAAAGAAGAAUAUUACAAUGCUGUCGUCUCCAAUGAUAUGACCAAUCAAAAUACUUCGGAACGUACAAAAAAUCCAUUUGAUGACAACUAUGAUUCUAAGUAUAACUGUAGUUAAAUGCUUCAGUAAUUUUUAUAAAGAUGUGCAUCCAAUAUAUAUUAGAUUGUAAUACACCUUUAAUGAUUAAAUACAACUGUUUUAAAAUUUUUAAUUUAUGCGUUUAAAAUAUACAA